GUGCUCGGCGUCGGCGGCGUCUUCCUGAUGUCCGUGCUUGGCUACUCGUGCUUUUGCCUGCGCCAGGCCCACCCCCUGUCCCCCGCCUUUGACGUGGGCGUCUUUAUGCGGAUGCGGCUGCGAGACGAGAGCGACGACAUGCGGGGCUCCACGCACGCGGAGAAGCUGCCGCCCGCUCGGUCGGCGCACUCUGCGCACGUGCGGCUCGACGAGGACGAGCCGGUGGAGCUGGUGGAGGAGCCGCCCGAGGAGCCGCCGAGGAAGCAACCUCAGGCGCCACCGCGGGCGAGGAAGCCUCCCGCCCCCUCGGUGCCCGAGCCCGCGGCUAGGUUCAACCCACGACAGCGGGCGGCGCGGGCGCCUCCCGCCCCCUCGGUGCCCGAGCCCGCGGCUAGGCUCAACCCACGACAGCGGGCGGCGCGGGCGCAGGCCCAGCAGGUGUCGCGAUCGCAUCACCUGCAGGCGGGCGUCGUGCUCGAUGACGAUAGGGAUGAGGACCAAGACUGGGAGGACAUGGCGACUGGCUCGACAACGCCGUCGCCGCCCUUCUCCCGAUCGCCGGCGCGGGCCGAACGAGCGCACUCCCCGGUGUUCGAGUUUUAGCGGGCAUUGUAUCUCUGUGCCAGCGCGGGGAGGCCACUGUGGGGCGUGCGAGGGCGGCAACGCCGCAACGCGCCUCGGUGGGCUCUACCGGGUGACACAUCUGACAGAGACAUCGUGAGUGAUGGAGAGCGCGCACUCACUUGGUGUAUUGUGUAUACGAUUGGAUGUUGG